UUCUUAUUUUAGGGUUAAUCAUCAUCAUCAACCGCAACAUGUUGCGAGAUAAGAGGCGCUGAAGUAGAGCCCCCUUAAGUGGUGAAAAUAUCGAGCCAGAUAAAGACUGAGCAGAAUACUCAUUAGUGUUAAUAAACAAAUGUCGGAGCAAUCUCCGCCAGCGAUUGGCAAAUGACAAAGUUAUCUGAUAAUUCCCCCGCAAAAGCGAGGACAUAAAAAGCGAAGUCAAUUCCAAUCAACACCGCAUUCGACGGAUUCUUUGAAUUAACGCACAUCACACGGAAAUGGAGAAUCGCUUAUUGGUGUUUUUACUGCUUUUGAGCACCACAGCAGCAUCGGUUAUCGCAUAUCCAGAUAUAGCUUCUAUCUGCAGGGUUUCCGAUGCCUGGCAAGUGCUGCCCCAUAGAGACCACUGCCAGAGGUUCUAUGUCUGCACUGGCGACGAGAAGCUGCCCUUCCAGGAGUUUAGCUGUCCCGCGGAGUAUAAUUUUAGCAAGAAGCUGCGGACAUGUGUGCCCGGAUCCUGCUCCGAUGCGUCCUUAUUUUGUGGAACAAGAAAUAGUGUAGAGCGGAUAUCAAGCGAUUGCUCGUUAUAUAGACAUUGCUUGGAGGGAGGAGUCUACUACGUGGCCAAGUGUUCCGCCGGAAACUACUUUGAUCCUGGCCGCAAGGCCUGCCUGCCCGUGGCUAUAACAGCGGCUCAUCAGUGCAGUUGUGUGCUGCCGGAAAAUGCCACCCUGUCCAAUUCCAACGAUUGUGAGACGUAUUUCCGCUGCCAUUCAGGACAAGCUGAGUUGGUGCAGUGUCCAGCAGGAAAUUACUUUGAUGAGAGAGUGGGCAGUUGCAUUCCGGAUCACACGGGCAUUUGCCUGGAGAAGCCCACAAUGCCACCGACGCUGACGGAUCAGGCCCUCGCCAUGAACGAGUGCAUCCGGACGGGCAGCCGUUUGGCGCCGCACAGCCGUGACUGCCAGCGAUAUUACGUGUGUGCUGAACAACGGGUGCUCGAGAUGCGCUGUCCCCGGGGUCAGUACUUCGAUGCAGUUCAGCGGUACUGCAGUCGUGAUCUGAGAAACCAAUGCCAGGAACAGCAGGUGGAGAAACUGGUGCAAGAGUCGGAGAAACUGGAGCAGGAGCAGGAGUCGGAUAAUCUGGAGCAGGAGCCGGAGGAAGAGGUUGCGCAGCUCGAAACUCUAUUGAAAAAUACGACCAAAAAGGAGGUGCAGAAGCAGGUUCUGAUUGAGACGGCAAAGAAGGAAGAAUACCAAGAAAGUGAUGGAGUGAAUGCCAAGCAGCCACUGGAGGCAGUUAGCAACUACGACAAAUUCUCAUCCAAGUUCAUUUCAUUUUAAACUGUUUGUUUUAAGCAAACAAUUAAAUAAAUAAAGCAAUAUCUAAUAUAAACAGUUUAAGUAGUAAGCUGUUGACUUAAAUUUUCACAUAUUUAAUACACCAAUCCUAAUU